AUGAGCAUUAAUUUACUGAGUUGUUUGAUUUUAUGUUUUGAAUUUGUAACUGCUGCUGGAUAUCGACCUGUUAUCAUCGUUCAUGGAUUAUUUGAUGGACCCAGACAAUUCACAAAGCUGUCAGAAUUUAUCACUCAGACUCACCCAGGUACUAGUGUGACCACAGUAGACCUAUAUGAUGACAUGUCCAGUCUGAAGCCACUGUGGGAGCAAGUGAAUGGUUUUGAAAAGGUUGUAGCCCCCAUAAUGCAGAAUGCCAAAGACGGUGUCCAUCUUAUCUGUUUCUCACAAGGUGGUUUGGUAUGCAGAGGACUUCUUGCAAAGCUUUCCAAACACAAUGUCCACUCCUUGAUCUUUCUCUCAUCACCUCUGUCUGGCCAGUAUGGAGAAACUUCAUAUUUGAAGAAUGUGUUCCCAAAAUGUCUAAAAUCAAAGAUUUAUCACCUGUGCUACAACCACUUAGGACAAAAGAUCUCAAUCUGCAACUUCUGGAAUGAUCCACACCAGAGAGUAAGGUAUCUGCAAAGCAGCAGUUAUCUUGCUUUAUUAAACGGAGAGAGCAAGCAUCCUAAUUUAACAGAAUGGCGAGAAAAUUUUUUGAACAUUAAAAAGUUGGUGCUGAUUGGAGGACCAGAUGAUGGCGUCAUUACACCCUGGCAAUCAAGUUUAUUUGGAUUCUAUAACAGUGAUGAAAAAGUGGUUGAAAUGAAACAUCAGCAGUGGUACCAAAAUGAUGUAUUUGGUCUGAAAACGUUGGACUCUGAAGGUGCUGUGGACCAGUGUGUAGUUCCCGGUGUCCGUCAUAUCUACUGGCAUUCAAACUUCACAGUGUACAAAAAAUGCAUUGAAAAAUGGCUGACUUAAGUGCCUAAAAGUCUUAUGCAAAGGUUCGAACACCCUGCUGAAAUGUCAUGAUUUUAUUAUCUAAACACAUUUCCUACUAAAAACUUCUUCAUACAUUUUCCUGCACAAUUGUAAUUUAUUUGCUUAAUUUAACAAAGUGAAACAGAUCUUAACUUUUUCUUAAGCUUAACUUUUGUUUAAAC